GUAUAGAAAACAAAUCUGUGAUUUUUGGCAAUCUCUAAAGGAAGGAUAAUUCAUUUGGUGAAGUCAUACUGCUUAACUUGAUUUAGACGGUGAACACGUAGCCUAGAACUUUCGUGGUUACGGACUUACACACCUCUGCUGCUUAAAAUAGGACUGCAUAGACAGGUCAUUGGUUUUGGUUAUAGGUUGUGUACCGCGGGCAACCGAAAGAGACGACAGCUGCUGGUGUAAGAAUAUUGAAGAUCAUUCUGUGGACAUCAGGGCAUUUUCUAGCCCUCCCGUCUACUAUGUCCUCCAGAGGCAAAGGUGAGGAGUGUCUGGUGUGCGGGGGUGACCUGCAUGGUAACCAACGGCGAUGGCUCUUUGGGCGUCAGAACAAGAAAGAUGGUCAGCCUCAGACCCCAUCAGACUCACUGGGCAGAGGAAGUCUCUCCAGGUCUUCUCAAAGCAGCCCCUGGGGUAGCACCAUGUCCCUUGGCUCCACGGCGUCUCUCUCGUCCCUUUCCUCACCUUCUAAAGCGAUGGACCUUCUCUCUGUGCUCACACACAUACUAGGCCAGUCUGUAUCACGGGGCAAUGGGCAGGGGGAGUUCUUGUGUGGCAAAUGCGUUUCUGUUCUAGAGCGGGUUUUCAAGUUUGACUCGGUCAUUUCCAGAGUGAGGGUCUUAUCCUCUGAGAGGCUUCAGAAGUUGACCCAGGAGAGGGACAAGGUCAGGCAGUGGGUACGCAGCGCUUACCGCCAGCGACACCCUCAGGAUUUCAGGAUGAGGUGCAGCACUAGGGAGGAGGAUGGUGAGGGAAUGGGAGACAGAGAGGGUUACAUUGAAAUGUUGAAGGAGAACAUGGCCCUGUCAGAGUAUGAGUGCUGGUCUGAGAAAUGGGCCGUAUGUCCAUACUUCAGGAGAACGGGGAAAAGAUGCACAAUGGGGAAAAAUUGUGAGGGAUGUGAUUCUCUGAGGGUGUCCGACUCGGCCUACGAGUCAGUUUGUGGGGUUCCCCGCCGCCUACCCUUUUCCCCCUUGGCCCUAUCGCGGGAUAAGUCGCAGAGCAUGCCUCUUCAUUGGUCGAGAGUGCCGUCGCUAAGCUCUUGCUCAGCGUCAUUGACUGGAUCCGCUCUCUCCUUACGAGCGUCCUCUCGCACUGAGUCCAUCCAAUCACUGGACUCGCUGGGUUGCCGUGAUCCAUUUGAUUUUCCAGAUUUGUCACUCCUGGUCCUCAGAGAGUUGAAAGGUAUUGAAGGAAAGCCUGUCAGUUCACCUUCGGGGAGUAAGAUUCCCGUUUUGGGAAAGAGGGAAGGGCGAUAUUCAGGAGAGGUAGGUGAGACAUCCUCCCCUGAGGUAACAAGGGUGCUGAAUUUUGGAGAGCGGGAGAAUGGAGGAGAGGAAGUGGAUGGAGAGACCAAUGAUGUUCUGACUGAAUUGAGGGACGAUUUUAUUCCACUACACAGAGAGAGCAAUACAGGUCGAGUGCACCUUGCAGUCAGACAGUUGAGAGGACAGCUUGAUCAAGCCAUGACACGCAUCAAGACCCUAGAAACUGAGCUUAAACACGGGACCAAAACCAAACCAGAAACUAAUGUCAGUGGACCAGAGGAUUGGCUUAAGUUUCCGCAGAAGGACGGGGGAAACUUGCUACUGCAGAGUUUGGGGCAUUUGUUGCACAGCAGAGACCGAGUUAUCCAGGAGUGCAUGUUUCUGAUCAGGAAGAUGUGUGUUGAGGUGGGGACAGGGACAGACGUGGCUGACAGACUAACACAGGCACUCACUGACAAUCUGAAACAAACUCUCUCCGACAAUAAGCUAGCCCUGGAGGCUCUGCUCUCUGAGGUGAGUGAGAAGGAGAAGAGGAUGGAGAGCGAGCUAGAGGCACUGAAGAAGGCUGGGAGAGACCGGGAGAAAGACCUCUCCACACUCAAUGCUGUGCUCCAAUGUAACCAGGACAUCAUCAAUGAACUGAGAGUGGAGCUGGUUGAGAAGGAGCGAGUGCAGCGGGAGGUGCAGAAGGAGAGGGAAGUGUGGAGACAGCGGGACCAGGCCUUCACAGCAGUCCUACAGGAGAAAGAGUCACUUCUCCUCUGCCUGAAGGAGGCGCUAGAGAGCUCUCAGAAAGACAUGCAGGCACUGUCGGACUCUGUGAUUAGCCAAGGGGUGUCAGGAGGCGGGGCUGAGGGGGCUCUGGCCUCUCAGCUGAAGGAGAAGGAGAGCCUAGUGAUAGCCUGGCUACAGGACAGAGAGGAGCACAGCGCCACCAUGUGCCAGGAGUUCUCCAAGCUCACCACCGCCCUGCAGGACUAUCAGGGCAUAGUGCAGGAGCAACAGCAGAAUCAUAGUCAGACGGUGUCUUCACUGUCAAAGCAACUCAACGACACACUCAACGACCUGAGGGAGAGAGGGAAGGAGAACAAGGAGGCACAGCGAGCCUGGUGGAGCGAAAAAGAUGACAAAGAGAGGGAGGAGAGGAAAUUGAGGGAGAGCCUGGAGAAGAGAGACAAACUCAUUGAGCAAGUUCUCCUGGAUUCUGAAGAACGGGAUCAUCUACUCAAAGAACUUCAACAGAACCUGCUGAACAAAUUUGAACCCAUGAUUGCUGUCAAACACACAUUAUGAAAGAGACGAACAAGAUAGUGAAAGAGCAAAAAACAUAGAACCAUGAAGGUACAAUGCACAUUUUAUAUAGAUGAGUUGCAUGAACCAACACUUUAUUGCACCACAGGUAGUGGGGCGGCAGGGUUGCCUAGUGGUUAGAGCGUUGGACUAGCAAUCGAAAGGUUGCAAGUUCAAAUCCUCGAGCUGACAAGGUACAAAUCUGGCGUUCUGCCCCUGAACGAGGCAGUUAACCCACUGUUCCUAGGCCGUCAUUGAAAAUAUGAAUUUGUUCUUAACUGACUUGCCUAGUUAAAUAAAGGUAAAAUAAAAAACUACUAAUUACAAUUCUAUGUAGGCCCAUUGAAAAGGUUGUGUUUUGCGCAUUUGCACUAGUUGCAUCUUGCCUUGGCAGGCAAGCCUUGGUUUUUGUGUUAAAACAAUUUUAUGGCCUUUACAAAACUCUUGACUGGAUAUUUGUCGAUGAUGAUGUUAUUGCUCCGUUUUGGCAUCAUUCAUAUUUGUAUAUUCAUGUUGACUGAUUUAAUUGAAGUAUGCUAGUAGUUCAUGUCUGACAUGGACCAAAGUAUAUUUUGAAUUUGCUCUAAUGGUACUCUGGUAAUGAAAUGUAUCAAUACAGACAGAUCAAAUAAUUUCAUUGCCUGAGAGUACCAUUUAUGCAAAUUGAAAAUGCACGUUGGUCCAUGUCAGACAUUGAUUAACUAGUAGCAUGGGACAUGGGGAAAUGUAUGAUGAGAUUUGUUAAUGUGUCCUUCAGGGCAUAGUGUAGUGCAGCCUUCUUGAUAAGUGCUAUCAGAAGGGGGAUUAUUAUUAUGUUGAAUUUGGACAGUUUUGAGGUUGCAGUUUCCCAAAAGCUUUCUUUAUUGGUGUCAUACUGUAAGUUCUGUGAUUUAAUUUUUUUCCCCCUCAGUGUCUUUUUGUCUGAAUGGGCUAUUUCUGUUCAUACUGCCAUUUUCAUUUGACACAUUAGCUACAUCAUACUGCUUGUUAUUGUGAUUGUCAUAGAGGGGUUUACAUUUUUUACUCCAUAAUAUUUAUUUGUACUUUUUGGCAGGUUUAAUUUUACUACAGAAUGGUUUGAUACAUUUAUUUUGGGAAAAGGUUUCUAAUUUUAUGUCUGCCAUGUUUUCAUUUUUUAAAGUCUUUGUGAGAUUGAGAAAUAAAUCUCUCUCUAUAUGAUCGAAA